CCUAUUAAGGCGGGCUAAGCGGGACAUUGGGGGGUCUAAAAAUAUCGUGUUAUUUUAUGCGAGACGUUUAUGUUUAUUAAUCAAAAUCUCGACUUGACAACAAGCUUUUUAAAUUUGGUAGUCAAUUUUUGUUCUUUGAUGAUUCUUCUUUCACGUGUUGAGGACAGAAAAACUGUCUUAGGCCUUUAUGCAGCUGCCUAUGAUAUAUUACAUACUGGAAGUGAAACAUCCUUUCCAAGGCUUGGCCAAAUGAUUAUGGAUUAUGAACAACCUUUUAAGAAACUUUCUGAAGAUUUGGGACUUUCUUAUAGAGUAAUCAGUUCUGCCCUCGAAUCAUUAAAAGAAACCUACUUUAGAAGAAAUAUCUCUGCUGAACAACAACGGGAUUCUGCUAUGAUUUCGCUUACUGCAAAUCCUCGACAUAUGUUGUAUGCUGCACAAACUAAUACUAUUGCUUGUGAGUAUAUGUCACUUGACACAAUGGAUCGUUGGAUUAUUUUCGGAGUUUCUCUUUGUCCUCGUCUCCUUUCUGAUCCUUCACUUCUCCAACUUUUUCAAAAAGCAAUGCAACACUCCUUGGCUGUUCGUGGCCAUUUACAUGCUCAUCGAAGGCAUUUUUUACGUAUGGCAUUAAAAGAAUUGUAUUUAUUGUUGGUAGAUGAACCUGGACUUCUUGGACCAAAAAUACUUUUUGUUUGGAUGGGUUUGUCUAUGGCUAGAGACGAAAUACAAUGGUUACUUAGACAUUAUGAUGUUUGGCAACAGUUAUUAUUACAAUAUUCUCCUGCGAAUAAAAAAGCAAUUCAAAAAAGUGGUCUUCAAAAUAUCGUUGUGGACAAAUUUCUUCCAGAACUGCUUUAUUAUCUGACAGAAAUUCGAAAUUUAGUUUUAAAAAAUUCUGAUUUAAUAUCUAGUUAUUAUAUUCAAUAUAUUGCUGGUUAUGAUGCUCCUUUACUUACAGAACUUUCUCAGCGCUUUAGUGGAGGAAGUGGAUUAUCAGAAUAUGAACAAUUGUUAAUUCAUUCUUGUAUUCAGGCAUUGGCUAAUAUUUCUGAUGGAAUAGACUCUCGUGGAGUUCAUUUAGAUUGGUUUCGUUUUCAAGCAUUAACAAGUAUUGGACGUUCAACUUUUAAACUUCAAGUUCAUGCCAAUUUUGCUGUUGCAAUGAAUACAGCACUUUUUCAUCUAAAGCAUAUUGGGAAUGGUUUAGACGAAUUAUUAAGAGAAACUAGUGAUUUAAGUAUUUAUUGGUAAAUUUUUAAAUUAUGAAAUAUAUACUUGAUUUGUUCGUUAUUAAAUUGGGUUCAAUUUUACGAGGCGAGGACCCCACGGGGAAUCUUGAAAAAGAUUAGUCCUCCCGUUCUUUGGGGAAUUCUCUUCCCCGGAAGGCUGUUGAACCCUAUUAUUAAUAGAGUGCGGAGCGUUCCUAAGCUCCAGCCUUUGCGGGAUCCUGUUUGGAAUUUUGCGAGUGACCGGUUUUAAACAACAAACGAGAUUACCAUGUUUAAGAUUUACAAAAUUAAUCCCAGCGAGAUCC